AUGGAAGAGAUAAAGGCCACCACUCGACGCUUGACCAAACGACCUCCUCCAGGAAAUGAGUCCUCGUCCCUCCGCACCCAGAAAAGCUCUGGCAGUCUCCAGCGAGCGCCUUCUGCCCCCAACCCACACGGUCCAUAUUCAGGAAGCUCUAACGGCUCCCGUCAUCAUCGAACUCCCACCUCGCCCAACCCCACAGCAUAUGCGUCGUCAAAUUCAUCGCUGGAUCAUCAGAUCUCGGGUCCCUCGCCAAUCUUGGGGGCAUCUGAGUUCGGUGCGCCGGUCGGCAAAACUGGAGUGAAUCAAUCGUCGCGUCCAUUGAGCGAGAAGACUUCGCAAGAAUUGCUGGGAGCCCCAUUUGAUGGGUCGGGAAUUCUAAAUCAUCUGGAUUCAUCGAGCGUGAAAGGUUAUCAGAGUUCUCUUCGUCGACCACCUCCCCCGCCCUUAUCUCACACGAGCCCGGAUCCGCGAGGUCUCGGUCCACCACUACAACAGUCAGCAAGUUUCACUACGACGGACAGGAUUAUGAUGAACGAGAAGGGCGCUCCACGCGUGGGUGAGAACCAGCUCAUCAGCCCCAAACGGUACUCGGACGAAAGUAGGGAGCCAAAGUUAGGGAUGAUGAGAAAGAAGUCUGGUUUCUCGGGCUUCAUGAGCCAGAUUGGAAUUGGAUCGCCACGCGGGCCAAAGAUAUCAGCACCAGAAAACCCAGUUCACGUAACGCAUGUUGGAUAUGACCAAGAUACCGGACAAUUUACAGGGCUGCCAAAAGAAUGGCAGCGCAUGUUGAAUGACAGUGGGAUUACGAAAAAGGAACAAGAUGAACAUCCGCAAGCAAUUGUCGAUAUCGUAGGCUUCUACAAGGAAAAUGCCGAGAAGGGACAAGACGACGUGUGGGAUAAAUUCGAGCACGCCAACGUACCAGAAAUGCGGGCGCCGAUUUCGACUCCUACCCCUCUUCCAUUAUCUCCAGGACUUCUCAGUUCGUCGAGCUAUGGCCCAAUGGCAAGUCCACCUGCGAGUCCCCGAUUCCCAUCAAACCAUGAAACCAGUUUCGAGAAUCCAAGAUCUCCACCGCCAGUGCCACGUCCUGGAGCUCCUGGGUCUUCUCAAGGUCUGGCACUUCAGCAGAAAAAUCCAAACGCAAACGGUCUUGUUCCAAGUCGUCCCGCUCCGCGACCACCUGUUUCUUUUCAAGGGCCGACUCGAGCUGCACCUCCUCCGCCUAUGGGAGAUAACAAAGAUUCUGGUAUUUCUUUUCCUCAGAGACAGAGUGAAGACCUACCAGCUUUAGCAUAUGUUCCACCGCCAGAACCGUCGCCGAUGCUUCCAGAGGAACACCGGUCGAGAUCAGAGUCACGUUCCAACGGCAACGCUCCGUAUCAAGCACCGCCGACUCAAGUUAUAUCUCCACAGGCGGCGUACCAGCAACAGGUCCAUGAACAACAACAGCAAGCUUUGUAUCAGACACAGGAAGCUCAAUUGGCGCGGCAACUCAGCAAACGAGGACCUGGUCAGACACCUCCUACACCACAAGCUCAAUUUCAGCGCCCUCCAGAGCUCAAUGGCAUUCCGCAUCCGAGUCAGCAGGCAAGAGCACAGCCUGGCCCGCGGCCAAGACAAAGGCCACGCCAAAGCACUGGAUUUGACAUUGUAGCGAGAUUAAAGCAGAUUUGCACCGAGGGUGACCCUAGGGAUAUAUACAAAGAACUCACUAAAAUCGGCCAAGGCGCUUCGGGUGGUGUUUUUACUGGUUACGAGAGAGGGACCAAUCGUUUGGUUGCCAUUAAGCAGAUGAAUCUCGAACAACAGCCGAAGAAAGACCUAAUUAUCAACGAGAUCUUAGUUAUGAAAGACAGCUCACAUCCCAACAUUGUCAAUUUUAUUGACAGCUUCCUAGUCACUGGCGAAUUGUGGGUUAUUAUGGAAUUUAUGGAGGGAGGAAGUUUGACGGAUGUUGUCACGUUCAAUAUCAUGACUGAGGGGCAAAUUGCUUCUAUCUGCCGGGAGACAUUAAAAGGACUGCAGCACUUACACUCCAAAGGUGUGAUCCACCGAGAUAUUAAGUCUGAUAACAUACUGUUAUCUCUGGACGGUAACAUCAAGCUUACUGAUUUCGGUUUCUGCGCCCAAAUCAAUGAAGCCCACAACAAGAGAACCACCAUGGUCGGCACACCAUACUGGAUGGCACCUGAAGUUGUGACCAGAAAAGAAUAUGGCCGCAAGGUGGAUAUCUGGUCACUGGGUAUCAUGGCAAUCGAAAUGAUUGAGGGUGAACCACCGUAUUUGAACGAAUCGCCAUUACGAGCUCUUUACCUUAUUGCAACCAAUGGAACUCCAACCAUCAAAGACCCAGGAGCGCUCAGUCCGGUAUUCACAGACUUCUUGCAAUUCGCUCUCAAGGUUGAUCCGGAGAAGCGAGCUAGUGCGCACGAUCUUCUGAGGCAUGAUUUUAUGCGAAAAUGCUCCGACCUGAUUGAGCUUGCCCCCCUUGUUCGUUCUGCGAGGAGCGCCAGAGCUCAAGAAAAGGCACAAAAGGCAGCAUCAUGA